AUGAACUUCCUCCGGCUCUCGCAAUCACCGCUCGCAGUGGAGUUGAGGUUAGAUCAAAAAGAAGCGGUUUAUACAGAUCUAGAUACUGUGACGGGCGAGAUAAUCUUAUGCAGCGAGUCGCCUGCCGAUAUCUCCUCGAUUGUUCUUACUCUGUCGGGAACGGCGACGUCUAGAUUGAACAACGGCAGACGAACGGAGAGCCACAAUCUGUUUAUCAAGUCCAGUCGAAUCUUCCCUUCAGACCCUUUGAUGAAGGAUUUGAAACGCUCCAGUGUAACUAUCGGGGGUGGAAUCCAUGUCCUCCAAUUCUCUAUCACGAUGAUGUUAUUGAAUGCCAUAAAUCUGGCCAGUGGCCAUGCUGGCGCAGACCGAAGACCCAUUUAUUGA